AUGCCUUUUCUCAGUACAGCACAUUUGUGUGCUCUGCUUUUGAUAUUGGGGUGUUUUUACAUUGGAAGGUUAAUUAAAGUCAUACCUAUACUAAGGUUUGCUUGUGCUGGAGAAGCUGAAAUAAAGCCCUUAUUCAUACAGCCGAAAUCAAACGAUGGUAUACACCUCUUUGUAUUCUUAGGUUCUGGUGGUCACACUGGUGAGAUGCUACGAUUAUUACAGAAUCAUCAAGAAGUACUACUGAAUAAAAGGAAUACUUUUUAUAUAGGCUAUUCAGAUGAUGACUCUAAGGCUAGGUUUUUGUCAAUGGUGGAAAAGUAUGACUUUAAAGCAGAACGAAUACAUUUUUAUCCAUUUGCUAAAGCAAGAGAAGUUAAUGCUGGUCCAAUUGCUAGUAUUGUAACCAUUUCGAAAACUUUACUUACUGGGUUCACAAAUGUUCUGUCGAUUAAGAUGAACACUUUGGGUCAACCCCAUCUUACAUUGCUGAAUGGACCAGGCACUUGUUGUAUAAUAAAUUUUUGGUUGAAGUUGUUAGAAUGGCUCAUUUACAUACCCUAUUUGUCAAACGGUUCUAAUGUUGUCUAUAUUGAAUCGUUAGCUAGGAUUGAGAGUCUCAGCUUAACUGGCAAAAUUCUGUACUUACUAGCUGAUGUAUUUGUCGUCCAGUGGGAAGAAUUGAAGGUUAGAAAGGCACCAAGGUCUGAGUAUUACGGUAUAUUAGUUUAA